UUUAAAAUAUUUCAAAACAAUAACAUACAGUAUUAUUAUAUUAAUUAGUUAUAUUACAUUAUUAAUACCAUUAACUGGUAUAAUGGCAACAGAACUUGAAUAUAUUAAUAUGGAAAGUCGUGCCAGAUUACUUGGUUAUCCAUUAGAAAGUUAUAAAGUAAUAACAGAUGAUGGUUAUGUUUUAACAUUAUUUCGUAUGGUAUCAUCAAAAAAAUGUAAUAUGUCUGAUAUAGAAAUAAGAAAAAAACCAAUUUUAGUACAACAUGGUUUAUUGGUAUCAUCAACAUCAUGGUUAUUAAGUGAAGCAAAUAAUAGUUUACCAUGUUUAUUGGCAGAUGCUUGUUAUGAUGUAUGGUUGGGUAAUUUUCGUGGUACAAAUUAUUCAAGAUUACAUACAAAAUUUGGUUCAAAUAGUCGUGAAUUUUGGGAUUUUAGUUGGCAUGAAAUGGGUAUAUAUGAUUUACCGGCAAUGAUUGAUUUUAUAUUAAAAGUAACACGUUUUAAAUCAUUACAUUAUGUUGGUCAUUCACAAGGUACAACAACAUUUUUUGUAAUGGCAUCAACAAGACCAAAAUAUAAUUCAAAAAUAACAUCAAUGCAUGCAUUAGCACCAGUCGCAUAUAUUGGUAAUUUAGUUAGUCCAAUAUUACGUAUAUUAGGACCAAUGGUUGGACAACCAAGUUUAAUAUUUGAAUUAUUAGGUGAUAUGUUAGUUGUACCAAGUAGUAGAUUAUUAGCAUUAAUGGGUUAUGAAGCAUGUAAAAAAAGUUCACCACUUGAAUCGAUAUGUUCAAAUUUAAUGUUUUUAUUUGUUGGUUAUGAUACUGAAAAUUUUAAUAAAACUUUAAUUCCGGAUAUAAUAGCAACAAGUGUUAAUGCCGGUGCAUCAGCUAAACAAUUAAUACAUUAUGGGCAAAUAAUAGCAUCACAUAAAUUUCGUGAAUAUGAUCAUGGUACUGUAAGAAAUUUAUUUCAUUAUGCACAAUCUACUGCACCCGAAUAUAAUAUAUCAAAAAUAACAGCACCAGUCUAUAUAUAUUUUGGUAAUAAUGAUUGGUUAACAUCAAUUGAAGAUAUUCGAAGAUUAGCAGUACGUUUACCAAAUUUAAAAUCUGCUUAUAGAGUGCCAUAUGCUAGAUUUAAUCAUUUAGAUUUUAUGUUUGCCGAAAAUGUAACUGAAUUAGUAUAUAAUGCAGUUUUGAAAAAUUUAAAACGUUAUGAAUAAUAUAUAUAUAUAUAAAUAAUGUAUUUAAAUAUAAAAAUUAUUAUUAUUUUCUA